AUACAGCUUGCAGAAUGUCAUUUUCCUUUUCUGCUGGUCACUCUGCUAUAUCCCGCUGUGCUCAGUCCUAAACCACUCAGUAUCUUCAACCAGACAGGAUAUUUCAGCAGCAAAUACAACUGCUCCAAGUCAAGGUGAACAGGGCAAAAUAAAUUUGCUGAACACCCCAGAAGCACCUCUUCUUGCCCUGGCAGUGAAAAGACAGACCUGAAACGAAACGCCUAACCAUUUUGCUACUCUUGUAUGAGUCUCCAAAUCAAUGUGCCUUUCUGUACAGACCACCUUAGAGUGUUCGCCCUUUCUUUCUUUCUUUCUUUCUUUCUUUCUUUCUUUCUUUCUUUCUUUCUUUCUUUCUUUCUUUCUUUCCCUCCCCAUGUUUCCUUUGGCUCUGCACAGGCCCAGUUUCUCUAAUCAGAUGAAGCCGUGGGAUUAUCUCUGUCCCUCGCAGCCAGGCUCCAUUUUGAUUCCUCUCUGUCGGUCGGUGGGAAAAGCAUCCGAAAGUGGAGAGCCGAAGGGCUCACCUGUGGAGGUCCAAGGCAAAGGCUGCGGGCUGUGCUCUUCCCCUCUUCCUCGGAUGCUGUUUUGGCUUCCUCGGCCUCCUUGCCUGGCGGGAUUUCCCAAAGGGAGGCAAGAAUAAUAAUUAUUGUAAGGAUAAACCCACACACAGCAUCCUCUGGUGGCUUUCGGCUUUUUUCUUUCUUUGAAUUCUGAGCAUCUUGUCUGAAGUCCCCUGAAGAUUUCCUGGCCUGUGGCAAAUCUGGAUGUGAAAUUUCACCCUGUGGAGGGAAGAACUUCCACUUGUCAUGGCCACCAACAGUCACCAGCUUCAUGCCCAUUCCCAUCAGGAAACUUUAAACUCAGUCUGCAAUAGUACUCUGAGUCUCAACUACCAGCCGCUUUCCAAGAGCUCUUCCAAUCUGGCCAGCAUUGGGCGAAUGGGUUCUGAGGAGAGACGCAGCAGCAAACAGGAGCUCCGAAAGAGCCUGAGCAGUUCUGCCUGCCAAGCCCAGGGAAAAGAAGGGGAUGUUCGAAGCACACCUAGCUCCAAUUGGUCUUCCACCCAUUCAGAAAUGGCUUCCACUAUCCGAACUGCAAGCAGCUUGUCGCCAAGUGAUAGCACUCCGAGUGUCACAAAAAAUACUAGCCAUUUCCUGGGUGUUGACCAGUCCCCAGCCUCUGGAGAAGGCUUGGGCACCAAACCACACACCAAGAGCAACACUGUCGAGAAUGUGUCUUCAACAUGGCAUGCACAAUUGCAGCGUGGGAGCACAAUGGAUGGGCCGGCAGCUGCAGUACAGAGAAGCCUUUCUGACCUGACAUGCAGCUGCAAACAACCGAGUUCUGCCCCCCAGAUAGAGACAAGUGCUACUUAUUCUGCUAUGAGUUCCAACAGUGGUUACAGUACUUCUCCAGGCAAUACAGCAUUUCCAAGAUCGAGAUAUGGAUCCGACACAUGUGAAAAUGCCCCAGAUUUUCAGAGCCACUUGACCCAGGGCCCCAAUUCACCCAGAGACCAAAGUGUGCCAACCAAUAUCUUUGACAACGGUGCUUUAGCACAUAAUGUUACAGUUUUUCCAGAUCCAGGGGCAUAUUAUCCAAAUUAUCUUGGGUCACAUAUGCCUGGAGAUAACUUCUCAAAUAGAGCAAUGUAUGCUCAGGGCGGACUUAUGUAUAGUAACUUUUCAACAGGUAUGUACCCUCCUGGCAUGAUGGCGAUUCAUAACAAUACCUUUCCCUACAACAUAAGACAGGAUUCUGCGAUGAAGGUAGAAGGUACUCUCCCAGCCUAUUGCCAUUCCUUGCCAAUAUCUUCUGUUCAGUUCAUCCCAAGGUUGGUCUGCUCAGUGAGCGAAUCAGGGAAAGAACAAGUCCACCCUGAGUAUUGUCCAACUUUGCCUGCUACUGAACCAUCAACCUUUCCAAAACUGGUGACAUCUGUGAGUGAGUCAGGUCUGGAUGCAAAACGCAUAUUGCGUUGUUGUAACAUACGUGGAGAGCACAUAUUACAUGCCCAGCCUUGUGUACAACCAAAGAGGGGCCAUGAGGAAAUGAAGACAAUGUACGUGGUGUUGAAUAACCACCAAGAUGGCGUUCAUACGGUCAUGAAGACUAAGGACACAUGGACGAUGACCUCCAUGAAUGAUCUCACCCAGGGACUGCAACCUCUCCUGGGAUGCAAAGAUGUAGAGGUACAGACCCUCCCAACAAGGGAGUGUAAAUCCGUGGCCACAAGCCCCUCUGUUGCUACAGAAGACUACCCACAUGUGUUCCCUGAAGUUAACCUGGAACCAGAGGCAGAGGGUGAAAAGUCUCCAGUGAGGGAAGUGAGGUGGGACGAUUCAGGCAUGACUUGGGAGGUCUAUGGUGCUGCUGUGGAUCCUGAAGUUCUUGGGCUGGCCAUUCAGAAACAUCUUGAGAUUCAGAUAGAACAAUUCCAGACAGAACCGGAGCUUGCCAUCUCUAGGAAAACUACAGAGGAACUGCCAGAGAAAGAAGAAAAGAAAAUGACUUUCAGAACAAUGCUGCAUUGUCUAAAACCUUCAAGCUGCUGUGUCCGUUCCAGCACAGCAGAGGAAUAAACUUUCCUAGGUAACUUGCAGACCUAUGAAGCCAGCACAGAGUUGGAAACUGAACUGAUUUAAAACAGCUCUGCAAGUCAGAGGUCACAAGAAGUUUUUUUUAAAGUACAUAUCCUUAAAAGGUUACUUUACUUAGAAAUGUGUAGUUGAAUUUUGGACUGUUUCACUUCACAUUUUAGCUCGGUUGGGCUUUAAAAACUGCUCACUCUGGAUCCAGUUGAACCUGAUCUGAUUCAGAUCCAAUUUGGUCAUAAAGGUCUGAUUUAAUUUAGGGCCAAAUCAAUUAAUUGCACAGACCUAGUUAUAGGGCAUCCCUCUUCCCUCUGACUUUUGAACAGGCUGUUUACUAUCUAUAGACUUCUAUUUUAACUAUUUUCUUUGUGUUUGUAUGUCUGGUAUUUUACUGUAUUUGAGGUUUAAUCAACACCACUUUGACCUUUGGAAAGGCAGCUAAUUUUUUGAUGAAAAUUACAUAAAGUGACAAAACGCUAUUUUCUGAAGUAGUUCAAUAUACAUUAGCUGUCCUUUCUUGCACGAAAGUAAAUCAGAAUGGCACCAACUCCUAAUUUUGAGUAGCCAGCUGAUUUACUCUCAAAAAGCAGGAAUAUAAACUUAAAAAAAAAACCAAACAAAUGUUGAUUGUAGACACUUGAAUCUUAAACAUGGUAUUAUUAUGAUUUACUUUUGAAUAAGAAAUACUUUUACUUCUUUGAAAUAACUGACACUUUGGGAUCUGUCAUUGUCCUUCUCUGAAUAUCAAUUGAUUGCAGAAUUAUUAUUUUUUAAAUGGAAAAUAUUCAUUUGUUUAUCCAUUAGUGUUACUCUUUGAUCUCUACAUUUUGUUUUACUAUGCAUGUAGUUUUCAAUGCUAGACUUGAAAUACGUUUUAUACUUUUUACACAGAUGCAAAUGGCAUCAUCAGAAAGUAUCCUUAUUAUCAGAUAGUUUAUUGAAUUAAACUGCUGUGUACCAUCAAUCUGUCUUUCCUCUAGACUAGAUGCAAAUCAUUGCAUAGUUCUGUGGACAUGGCACUUUGGCAGAACAUUGCCUGGACCUUCUUUCACUGUGAGGAAUUACAUUCAAAAUACCCAUGGGACUCAGUGCUUGCACUGUUACCAAGACACAAAUGAACAAUGUUUCCAGAGAUGCUUUCAUGAGUCACGAAUGUCUGAUUUACUAUGAAUGUUUAUCUUUGGCUUAAUCUAUCAUUUUGGUUUUCCUGGCAUUAAAUGUAACUAUUCUCUUGAGCUGCUGUUCACUGGACAAAAACAGGAACCUACUGAUGAGGAAGCAGAACAAGAAAAUGCAUCCAGCAUCUUGCUCACAAACAAAUAAAAUAGAUUUUCCUUU